CUCUAUUUAGUGCUGUCCUCAAUCAAUGUGUGUAAUUUGUGUCGUUCUUUGCUCAUAAGUUAAAAAUGUUUGAAACGAAGAAGAACUGAUUUGUCUAUGGUGUCAUUGGAAAGGAGAGUCACAUAAUGAAAAUUGUGAAUGUGUUAUUGAUUGAAGAGGAAAUUAAACGCUAUGAAUGGAGGAGAACCAGCCAUAAAAUACAGAAAGAAUCUCAUCUUUCUUUUUAAAGCCCCAAAAGAAAAUGAAGAAGAUAAAUUUGUUGUGAGUUUACUGGAUGCCAAGUAUAAAGUUGUGACUAUACCCGUGCUAGCGUUUAAGUACGUGAAUACAGAUGUAUUGACACAGUGUUUUCAACAUGUAGAUGAUUAUUCGGCUAUAAUAUUUACCAGCACCAAGGCAGUGGAUGCCGUUAACCUUGCAAUAAAACAAUGUGAUAAUGAUGUAAAUAUCAACAAUAUCGUAUGUUAUGUGGUUGGUAAAUCUACAGCAGAUGCAGCUAGAAGAGCAGGUUUUUCUACUAAAGGAGAGGAAACAGGAAAUGCUGUAGAGUUAUCCAAGUUGAUUAUAUCCGACCACAGUAAAUUCAGUGAUCUACCAAUUUUAUAUCCAUGUGCCAAUAUACGAAGAGAUACCCUCUGUGAUCUGAUGAAACAAAAUGAUAUUAUAUAUAAAGAAGUCAUAGCUUAUGAAACGUGUAAAAAUGAGAGAUUAGAAGAAGCGGUUCAGACAUCCAUUGGUAAUCAGGGAAUACCAGAAUAUUGUGUAUUUUUUAGUCCAUCCGGUGUACAGUUCACCCAUCCUCUGGUUGUUAAAAGUAUUCUACCAUUACAUCUUACAAAGGUGGCAGCCAUUGGACCAACAACAGAAUCAGAAUUAUUACAAUAUGGUAUUACAAUAUAUGGAGUCGCAGAAAAACCAGACCCUGAAUCGUUACUGAAAAUAUUAAAUAGGGAAAAAAAUAUGCAAAGAUAAAUGUGAUAUUUUAAACUGUCGCUUAAAGUAUUAAUGCAUCGUUUUUAGUGCUAUAGGAAUCACAUGUAAUUUACCAUAUUGUGAAUGUAGAAUCUUUAAUAAGAAUAUCAGUCCUAAAAUGGUUUACACAGAUAUGUGCAAUUGAAAUUUUCUCGAUCUAUGCUAUGCGAAAAGCCUGUGGCCAUUUUGUGGUCUGCAGAAAUUUAUUGAUAGACCUGUUUUAAUUCAGGUCGAGACAUUCUUAAAGUAAUUAAAUGUUAAAUAAUUAAUCUGAGUACAUAUUAGCUUCGAUUAAACCUUGAGUAAAUUUCAUAUUUUAACGAAAAAUGAAAAGAAGCAUGAUAUUGCAGGGCAUUUUUUAGGGAUUUAAAGUGGACCUGUUAGUGGGAAAAGAAAUUGAACCAUGUGUUAGUCCCGAAAUUACCUUGUUUUUGUCGAGGGGACGUCUCUCCCUCUCCCUCUCGAUAUAUAUAUUACCCAAUGAUUGUUUUCUAUAUAAAUUGUGUUAUGUUUAUUGAAGACCCUGUUUUAUGCAUCACAAAUGCUGCAUGGUGAUGGUGAUAAUUGAAUAAAAUGAUUCUAAGUGCUUAAUGACUGUAAGAGAAAUGAUUUUUCUUGUAGUAAUAAAUCCAAUUUAAGGUAUUUUUGUUAUUAUAUAAGCCUUUUGUUAACCGGUGCUAAUUUAUAUUCUUAAUGAUAUUAAUAAAAAUGAUUUUUUAUUAUGUCUGCCUUGAAGAACUUUAUAGUUUAAAAUGAAAGUACAAUUUUCUAUGAUGCUAGGGCACAUCUAAAAGUGUAAUUUCAGAAAUUCGGAUUGGUUGAAUGUUUUUUAUGUUGUUUAUGAUGCAAUCUGAUUAAAACACAGAUCCUAUUUCGUUUCGUUUUUUAUAGUUCAAAAUUUCGUUUUACUGGUCUAUACUACAGUAGGAUCUGGAAGAGUUGUUACAUUACAAGCGUUUUGGUUAAAGUGAGGUAUUAGCCAAUGUAACGGUCUGUUAUAGCCAAUUUUUAGAGUUUGAUGCACGGAACUGUGGGUAAACCACUAGAAACGUCAACGCUGCUUGAUUAAUCAAUGUCUGGUCUUCCAGUACAACCGGUCAGAUCUUCAAGUAGUGUAGGCCAUGAAAGUAUAAAAAACGAAACGAAAUCAUCAAAGAAUGUUGUUGCAGAAAUCUGGAAAGGUUGCCUGUUUAUUUUUAUGAAUGAAUGGAUUUAAUUCUUCUAAUAAUUGUUUGUGAUCAUGAUCUUUAUGGGGAAAGUUAAAGAUGUAAUAUUUAGAUACAGAGCUGUCCGUUUUUGUUAUAAUAGUUCAAAAAUAAAUUGCUUUAUUCUGUA